CGGCCGCGCGGUGGGCGCCCCGCACCGCUGCCCGACCCCAUCCCGCCCCGCUCCGCCCGUAGGCUGCACGGGAUCCCCUCCGCCAUCGCCGGCUCCCCGCAGUCGCCUCUCCCCGCUCACAGCCCGCGCUCUCCCCAGUCUCCCCCUCAGCGAGCGCACCCCGCCCCCUCGCCAUCCCGGCGCGCCCCCCGCUCCCCGCGGCCCGCAGCGGCCCGCCUUAGAACCCCGGGCGUGAGGUACCCGGAGAACGCGGGGCGGCCGCCCGCGCACCCCGCCGCGCUCUCCCCGGUCUCGGCGGCCGCCGCCAGGAGGAGGAGGAGGAGCAGAGCGAGUGCAGAAGGCGCGGUACAUGAGGACAUGUGACAGACAACAGAAAGAGGACAGACCCGGAGGCACAGAUCUACCUGCAUGCGCAUCACACUUCUGCCUCUUACUCAUUUGCCUCUGAUAGCUGCUGCUGCUGGUGGUGACAAUGUCUAAUAACGGCCUAGACGUCCAGGACAAACCCCCAGCCCCUCCCAUGAGAAACACCAGCACCAUGAUCGGAGCAGGCAGCAAAGACCCUGGGACCCUGAACCACGGCUCCAAACCUCUGCCCCCGAACCCAGAGGAGAAGAAGAAGAAGGACCGAUUUUACCGAUCCAUCUUACCUGGAGACAAAACAAAUAAAAAGAAGGAGAAGGAGCGGCCAGAGAUUUCCCUUCCUUCAGAUUUUGAGCAUACAAUUCAUGUUGGCUUUGAUGCUGUCACAGGGGAGUUCACGGGGAUGCCAGAACAGUGGGCCCGCUUGCUUCAAACAUCAAAUAUCACAAAGUCAGAGCAGAAGAAAAACCCACAAGCUGUUCUCGAUGUGUUGGAAUUCUAUAACUCUAAGAAGACUUCCAAUAGUCAGAAGUACAUGAGUUUUACAGACAAGUCAGCUGAAGAUUAUAAUUCCUCCAACACUUUGAAUGUGAAGACUGUGUCUGAGACCCCCGCGGUGCCGCCGGUGUCGGAAGAUGAAGAUGAUGACGAUGAUGCUACCCCACCUCCAGUGAUCGCUCCUCGCCCAGAACACACAAAAUCUGUAUAUACACGAUCCGUGAUCGAACCACUUCCUGUUACUCCAACUCGGGAUGUGGCUACGUCCCCCAUUUCACCUACUGAGAAUAACACUGCUGCGCCAGAUGCUUUGACCCGGAAUACUGAGAAGCAGAAGAAGAAGCCUAAAAUGUCCGACGAGGAGAUCUUGGAGAAACUACGGAGCAUAGUGAGUGUGGGCGAUCCUAAGAAGAAGUACACACGGUUUGAGAAGAUUGGACAAGGUGCUUCGGGCACGGUGUACACUGCGAUGGAUGUAGCCACAGGACAGGAGGUCGCCAUCAAACAGAUGAAUCUUCAGCAGCAGCCGAAGAAAGAGCUGAUUAUUAAUGAGAUCCUGGUCAUGAGGGAAAACAAAAACCCAAAUAUUGUGAACUACCUGGACAGUUACCUUGUGGGCGAUGAGCUGUGGGUUGUCAUGGAGUACCUGGCUGGAGGCUCUUUGACGGAUGUGGUGACGGAAACCUGUAUGGAUGAGGGCCAGAUAGCAGCUGUGUGCCGGGAGUGUCUACAAGCUUUGGAGUUCCUACAUUCGAACCAAGUCAUUCACAGAGACAUCAAGAGUGACAACAUUCUGCUGGGGAUGGACGGCUCCGUCAAGUUGACUGACUUUGGAUUCUGUGCACAGAUAACUCCAGAGCAGAGCAAGAGGAGCACCAUGGUGGGAACCCCAUACUGGAUGGCACCUGAAGUUGUGACACGCAAGGCCUAUGGACCCAAGGUUGACAUCUGGUCCCUGGGUAUCAUGGCAAUCGAAAUGAUUGAGGGGGAGCCCCCGUACCUCAACGAAAACCCUUUGAGAGCCUUGUACCUCAUUGCCACCAAUGGCACCCCAGAGCUUCAGAACCCAGAGAAGCUGUCCGCCAUUUUCCGGGACUUUCUGAACCGCUGUCUUGAGAUGGAUGUGGAGAAGAGAGGCUCGGCUAAAGAGCUGCUGCAGCAUCAGUUUCUGAAGAUUGCCAAGCCCCUCUCCAGCCUCACCCCACUGAUUGCUGCAGCCAAGGAGGCCACCAAGAACAGCCACUGAACCAUGUCCACCCCAGCAUCAUCGUGCCAAGCCUUCUAGGAAAAAAAACCUCGUUUCAGGAACUCCGACCCUCAUGUCCUCCCCCCCUUGCCUCGCUUCUCCCAUUUCCUGAUCUAGUGCUCUCGUGACUUCGACCUUGGACAC